GAAGAGUUUUCUUGAAGGUGUCGUGCCAAACCAGACCGGCUUACGCCGCUUAACUGCUUAUUUGUUGUAACCCUUACCCUGUUCCUGAAUUCCUACAAGUGUGGAACCGUACUUAUUACAAAGUCAAGUCGAUCUACCUUCACGACUAAAUUAGCCUGUAGACAGGCAGUUUUGGUCCAGAAUAUAAAUCUCUAAGACUUGGAAAUCACUUUCAUAAAAUUCUAGGCGAAUGUAAGAUAUUGUUUUGCCCUGUUAAAGUUUCUGUGACACCCCAUCAUGUUGCAUUUGCCAGAAACCACAAAAUCUGAAUUUUCAAUCUAUCAUCACUUACUUCAAUGUUAACUGAACAAGAGAGGUUACUGCAAACUUUUCUAUGCGAAUGAAAUGUGGUUUAUCCUCACGGUAGCUAAUUGGAAAAAAAUUCUUUGAUAAGAAAAAAAAUCCUUUCUGAGAAUUGGCUCAUGGAGGACAACUCGCUGCUGACACUAGCCUUUGCUCACCUUUGCGAAAGUGAAGCGUAAAGCGCACGAAUUCCAAAUAAACAUCUUACAUGAAAAAAGAAAUAGUCAUAUAGUUGCAAUAAAUCUUCGAUUCAGUCCCAGUCAGAACUCUUUAGAUUAAUUACAGAUUAUUUCAAGGAAGAUAACACUGCCUGCUGUCGACCUCGAGUGCCUUCAAUGUCUUUUUAAUGUUUGCUGAAAAUUUGAAAAAGAAAACUGCAGCUUACAAUGUUUUAUCGACUUUAAAAAUUUAGUACGAUUUGGAAAGUUAGAAGCAGCUGUCGCUAGGAAAAUCUUUGUUGUUUUGCUAAAAAUCUCUGACCGAGUUUUUCUCAAAAAUACCUCCACAAUACCUGUACAGUUUACACCUGUAUCACUUGCACAAUUUUGCAACUAGACGGACAGCUUUGGUAACAAAAGAAACAACGAAAUGCAAAAUAUAUAAUUAAUUUUUUUAAUAAAGAAUGAUUUAUGGCGACAACUUACAAAAAUAAUUUAUAACAUGGAAUGUGUAAGUGUUCAUAUGUUAAGACGAAAUAACAAAUCUGUUGAACUGUACCUUGCAAUUAUCUACUUUUCAAGGAAAGUUAAAUGCAGUGUCAAAUUUGUUUAUUGUAAAUGAUAUCAUUACAAAAAUAUGGAUUUAUGUCAAAGUAUUUAUGACAGAAUCCUGCCAGCAGACUAAUGGACAUCGCAAAGCGCGCUUAGAUUAUGAAGAAGUUGACGAACCCUGGCAACAACAAGAAUGUGGUGCAGAUCACAUACAAAGAAACAAUUCAGAAAGUGUGCAUGGUGUUUUAGAUGAAAAAAAGGAAUUUCCACAGGAAAACAUUACAGGAAAGGGAAAGACAACGGGACUAUUUUCCAUUAUCCUCCAAGACACUGGAGUCAGAAAUAGCGGAUUCCUUCAAAGAAGGAAAUAAUUCACCUAAGAAGGUUCAGUUGGGAGGAGAUAUCGGUGAUGGUCUAUACACAGAUAUCGAUAUACCCUCGCAAGAACAGGACACGAAAUAUGAUAAUUGGACACUUUUCUCAGAAAGGAAAGGUUUUCUUUUUUCUACAGAUAUGACAGACACCGCCAGCUCGACAUCAAGAGCACGUGACCACAAGAAACCUUGCAAUUACGACAAUGCUGUCCUUCCUCAAUCGUCCAUUCCAUCUCCAGCACAAGAUGAACCUGUGUUCAAAACAGAAGAUUGCGAAUUGUACGAUACUCUUCAACGACGAUAAAUAAAUUGGAACGAAAUACAUUAUUAUGCAUUCUACUUUCGUAAUUUGCAUUCUGAUUUCGUAAUUUGUGGAAACUGGCUUUGUCUACUUAGUUCGUUCUCUCCUUAACCGAAUGCAAACUUUUUCUGUCGAAAUUUCUGUCUUUAAAUGGAAAGAAAAUAUUAUAUUUAUAUAAGUUGGAAUUGUCGUCGAAUUAAACUAUAACUUUUUUAAAACAAUCACCAUCGAUUUUAACACUUUUCUUUUACUUUAAAAGAAGAAUGACAGUCAGCGGCAAACCAUUUCUUACUUUGAGCUGCAUUGUUUCUGUUCUUUAUUAUUUGGUUUCAUUUUUCAUUUUACGAGAGUCUUCUGUUUGUUUGUUUGCUUGUUUUUUAAUUAUUGAUGCAUUUCUAUUUACUCAUCAUUCUCUUGUCAACCAUUCAGUAAAGAUUAUGAUUUAUAAAUAGCUUAAUGAACUAUAAAGCUAUAGCAUCUGAUUUGUGUUAAAUAAUUCUGUGUCUAUAUGUGUUGGACAUGAGUCAUGUGAAUCAAUGCCCAGCCAAGCCUUCUACGAAACAUAACUCUGGUAACUCAAUUUUUAACCUCAUUUGCAGAUGAAGACUACAAUGAAAAAAAAAUAGAACGGUGUCCAAACAACACAGGAAUCCUCACACAAAUAAAAUUACACACCUGGAAUUUUGAAAUAAUAACAAUGAUCAAAAAAAGUCAAUAUAACCGUAUUUUAUAGUGCAUUUUACAAAACAAAGCUACAACGAUAAGAACAUAGAAAUUAGAUACAAAAACAACCUAGCUCACAAUUAAGAUAUAACGUUCCACCAUAAUAUAAAAAACAUCCGAAUAAAAUUGUACAAUAUAGUAUUCAUGUUAAACCUCUCUGCUUCCUUUUGCUCCAAAGUCUUCUGUAUCUGUAUUUUUCUAAGAGUCAAUGUUCUUAAGUUUCCCACUUGAAGAGUUAAAACAAAUUGUUUUAAAGACUUACUAUUGCACACUUUUAUUCCAUUUGUCCAAAAGAAGAAAGAGUUACUGGAAGACUGACAAACAGUUUAAAAACCGACCUGAAUAGUAGUGGUUUUAAAGAUAUCAGUAGAUAUAGGCGAUAUAAACCUAACCUGUAAAUUUCAGCUUCCAAAACCGAUCUGUUAAUUAAUUAUCCGGUAGCAAACUACACGAUUCGCACCUGCUAUCAACAAGCGUCGCUAACAGUGUACUACGUCACGCUGAUCAGUGUAUUACGUCACGAUGGUACACCAUUCACAAUGUUAUCAGCCGUCAGCACCAAUCAAGAACAACAGUUUGACUACAGUAUUUGGACCUUGAAAGUCUGUAUUUUCGUGCUAGAGUAGUUUUUUUUUCAAAACCACGAGAAAUGCAGACUG